AUGAUACAUCUCGUUACUAUUGUGAUUGUUAUAUGUUUGUCUAUUGCUAAUGGACAAGAAUGUCAUGCGACGUUUGAUCAAUCUAUCGUUGGCUAUUGCUCAUUGGCAGACAAAUGUCAAGGAACAUUAUUGUUCAGUGAUAUUUGUGAACGACAACUUUGUUGUAUCUCUGGACAAGCACCGGCAGCUUCACCAGUAUGUGUUAAAGGAGGAGAAUUUAAUGCUUUAUACAGUACACCUCGUGCCGGAUUCUUGCGCAGAGUCUUGAACCGUGCAAUCAAUCAAGCAGAAAUUUGCGACAACUGUCAUGCAAAAGCUGCCUUUUUAGCUAUAUCAGCUGCAAUGACAAAUAACUUUACAAGUGAUGAAGUGAUUGGUACUGAUGCACAAUUCAAUGAAGAUGAUAAUAAAUAUGGUAAUGAUCGACCGGGUGAUGGAUCGCGAUUUCGUCGAAGGGGUUUCUUCGGUCUUCGAGGACGACAAAUGUAUCAACGAUUGCAGACGCUCAUGCCACAGUAUCAGAGUGUAAGCAAACCAGAAUCAGUGGCCAUAGUUGAAAAUGCAAUGGAAAUUGCUGCGCGACAAUGGAAGAAUCCGAAUUUGUUGAAUGAAACAACUUUGACACCAUACGCUGACGGCACGUUUUAUGGAUUUUUGAUGCUAUGGUACAAAUUAGAUGGAGAUAUUUCUCAAUUGGCUGAUGCAGUGAAACAAUAUUUGAAAUUUCUUCGUGCGAUGGAUUGUGAUGAUAAUCUCAAUCUCGGUGAAAGACCGCAAUGUCGUUACAAUGAAACACAUUAUGGUUACUGUACACCUGAUUGCAUAACAGGUCUUGAAGAUUUUGGAGAGUAUUGUGGCUGUCGUGAAACAUUCAAAGAAGUUUUGUAUCCUUCACAAGCGUCACAAGAUAAUUGCACAAAUUUAUUAUUAAAAGCCGGAGUUCGUCUACGUGAUUAA